GUAGGAGUGGAUGAGGCGAGCAGCAGCAGCAGCAGCAGCAGUGUGUGUGUGGGUGUGUGUGUUUGCCCGUGUGUGUGUGUGUCUCUCUCUCUCUCUCUCUCUCGCUCUCCCUCUCGUACCGUCCUCCUCCAGCCAGACCUCCGAGCUGAGAGAGGAGCCUCUGUCCGGAGCAGGAUGUAUCGAUCCGUGUGCUUGUAGCGCUUCCUCCGGGGAAUGGAGCCGGACUGCGGUGCGGCGUCUGCAGGGAGUUCGAUCCCCCUGAACGAGCACGAGCAGCGGUAUUACUCCGGUCUGCGCAGCCUGUGUCAGGCUGACACCCCGGGGACACUGUCCUCCAGCAAAGUGGCAGAGCUGUUCAAGGCGUCCCAGCUCCCCCCUGAAGCCCUGCACAAAGUGACCGAGGUGUGUGGGGCGAAGCGACUGGGUUACUUUGGUACACCUCAGUUCUACGUAGCCCUGAAGCUGCUCGCCGCCGCCCAGUCUGGUCUGCCCGUUCGGCUGGAGAGUGUAACGGCCAAUCUACCUCUGCCCAGAUUUGUUGGGCUGAAGAAUGAACCAGAGAUGCGAUACUCAACCGUCCCUCCCAGUAUAGAGGGUCAGGUGGCUCAGUGUGGGACUGCACCUGCUUCUGUGUCAUGGACAGCAGGUGACACCUUGAGACACCUGGAGGCCAGUGGAGAGAAGAAGGAGUCCUGGUCCCCCCCUCGAUCCCCAUGCACCUCACCACCUCACUCUCCUCUGACCUACCGCAGCCAGACAUACAUCAACAAAAAUGGAGCUGAUUCACAAAUGUUCUAUGAAAGCAAACCAUCCUCACGGCAGGUCGUUAAGCUGGAGCAGCACCUCUCUCCCAGUAACUACGGGACCAAACCCAGUGUAGAGCAUCCUGCGAUGGCUCGGGCUGCGUCAGCAGAGAGGCUGGCCCAGCAGACUGCUGAUGAUUAUUCUGAUGAUGACCCCUGGAGGAUCACAGAGGAACAGCUGGAGUAUUAUACAAAUCAGUUCAGGAACCUCCAGCCUGACCUGGGAGCUCUCAUCCUGGGAACUGUGGCAAAAAACUUCUUCACUAAAUCCAAGCUCCCAAUACCAGAGCUCUCCCACAUCUGGGAGUUGAGUGAUGUGGAUAGAGAUGGAGCUCUCACUUUCUCUGAGUUCUGCACAGCCUUUCACUUGAUUGUGGCACGCAAGAAUGGCUACCCUCUCCCAGAGAGCCUUCCCCCCACGCUGCAGCCAGGGUUCCUGCAGCAGGAGGACGACCUGCCAGAUACUCCUGAAAGUGCGGAGCCUCUCAUUGUCUUUGAGGAUGCUGAACCAAGGCCCAGUCAAAUGGAUCUGAGCAUUAUAGAGAGAAUCCAGCCAAGUUUAGCCACAACAAAACAAGACAUGAAAGAUGAAUCCUGUAAAAAAGAUGCGAGUUUGAAGCGGCUGACAAUAUCUGAAAAGAAACGUACUCUACAGCUUGGUGCUUUUCCUGAGAGGCCAGAGCUACCUCAGGACCUAGAUCCACAGAUGAGGACCAAAACUAGGCCAAGGUCCUACUCUAGCAAUUCCUUUGAAGAUGCAAUGAAGAAGGCAGAGGAGCCUCCGACCCCCCCACCUCGACCCCAGAAGACCCACUCCAGAGCCUCCUCGCUGGACCUCAACAAGCUCUUCCAGCAGGGCGCUCCAGGUGUAAAAAGUGGAUGGCUGAUGCCUCCUCCGGCCCUCCCUCCACGACCACUGACCUCACAGGUUCCUCAUUUUAUCAACGCUUCAGAGAAAACUCCCUCGAGUAAAGUGCAGCAGCCAAACUUCGCAGACUUCAGUCACUUUAAGGAAGAGGAGAAGAGCAGAGUAAAACCGGAGGAGCAGAGUUUACGAUCCAGAUUUGGUCCAAAUACUGAAGACUUGACAAAUGCUCCAAAGCAGGACAUGGCUGUUUGUCCCAGUCAUGCUCCACAGAAACCAGUUCGAAGGAAGUACCACCCAGAGAGCCAGAACCCAGAGGCCACAUCUUUAACCGCUGUGUCGUUUCCUCACCCAGCCAAACCUUCUCAAAAACAGAAGAGGGAGAUCCAGAUGGCGAUCCGGAAGAAUAAAGAAACCAACGCAGUGCUGACACGCCUCAACAGUGAGCUCCAACAACAACUCAAGGUGGUCCACCAGGACAGGGUCACCUUGGAGUCCCAGCUUGAGCUGCUGCGUCCUCUGGCCUCAACGUGACUGGGCCACAAGUCUGGUUAGAACCACGAUCCCGGUGUUUCACUGAGGUACAUCAAUUUCUCAAUGUUUGAGCCAUGUGAUGUAUACUGAUUGAAUGUGAAAGGGCUGAUGGUGGAAACAAAGCUGCAUUGUAGACACAUAGGGAUGUGAUAUGCUCCACGCCCAAAGCUUCCUUUGUAUUAUUUUUAGUGCAUUUUGCAGGAUUAAUCCAUGCGUUCUUUAAAUCAUUCUGUGAUAUGCACAUGUAAAAUAUCCUGUUUAUUCACUGUGACAUUAUAACUUAUUUUUCUCCUUUGAGUUCCCAUUACUUUAUCCCCAUCAAAUGUUCCUUACUUAUUAAUCAUGUAACAGUUUUGUGCACAUAUUUCCAUGACUUUUAUUGUGUUCUGUAUUAACAAUGGGAACUAAAGUUCUUUUGUGCACUGUCUAUUUCAUGGUCUAAAGCAAGUGACUACGGAUUACAUCAUGAAUGUGUUUAAUUUUUGCUCUUAAAUUUGUUUAACUACACAUUGGUGGGGCUGUAUGGUAGCAAAUACCUCAUUAGAGCUGAGUUAGCUACACAUUUCCAGCCUGCAAACAAAACUUGAAGUCUGUUUUCAGAUUGUAGCACUGACCCUCGUGAUGAUGAGGACACUGAAGAAUGUCGACACUUGAGAACAUUUUACAUGGAUCUAUCUUUCAUUUAUCCCCUGUCUGUUAGAAAAAUAAACUGCUGGAUUUCUAAAUUCCUGCAUCCACAGUGUCACGGUAAUUAUGAAAAGAAAAAUCUCCACAAAGCAUAUUAGUCCAACUGAUAAAAAAGCACAAUAUUCCUCAACAUUCCUCUCAUGUUUUGCAAGAUAGAUAUCAAACAGCGAAUGUCUGCAGAAGCAGAUGUGCUUUUGAUUUUAUCUAUGCAAAGAUGUGGUGCUGUUGAAGCUUGCUUUAGACCAUUUGUCGCCCAAACAUGUAGAUUGUUAAUGAUGAUGAAUGAAGUGGUUGAAUUAAAUGAUGGCAUGCUUGAAACUGCAUGAUUUAAUAAAGCGAUGUGAGCAUUGGACUGUAAAUGAAACUGAAAAUCAUUCACAACUGAGCUCUGGGCUGAAGACAAUAAUCAAACGAAUCAAUAAAAUUGUCUAUUUUUA